AUGUCCUUCCCAAAGCAGAAAGCUCUCAGUGAAGAGAAACCCUUGGAAUGUAAUGAUGUGGAAGAUUUUACUGACAGCGUCACAUUGACUCAACCUGAAUUAACUCACAUGGGAAAGAAACAAGAUGUCAGCAAAGAAUUUGGAAAAUCCUGUAAGGACCAGUCAUUCUUUAAACCACAUAAGCAAAUUCACACUAGAAGUAAACCAUAUGAGUGUCAUCUGUGUGGGAAAGCCUUUAUUCAAAGCUCUGACCUAAUACAGCAUAUUAGAACUCACACAGGAGAGAAACCAUAUGAUUGCCACAUGUGUGGGAAAACCUUCAGUACAAGAUCUAACCUUAAAAAACAUGAGAGAAUCCACACUGGAGAGAAACCAUAUGCUUGUCAACUGUGUGGAAAAGCCUUUAGUCAGUGUUAUGAACUUAGAAGUCAUGAGAAAAAACACACUGGAGAAAAACCGUAUGAAUGCAAUGUAUGUGGGAAAGCCUUUAUUCAGAGGUCUUGCCUUACACAACACAAUAGAACUCACACUGGAGAGAAACCAUAUGAUUGUCAUAUAUGUGGAAAAACCUUCAGUACAAGAUCUAAUCUUAGAAAACAUGAGAGAAUUCACACUGGGGAGAAGCCAUAUGUUUGUCAACUAUGUGGGAAAGCCUUUAGUCAGAGUUACGAACUUAGAAGUCAUGAGAAAACACACACUGGGGAGAAACCAUAUGAAUGCCAUAUAUGUGGCAAAGUCUUUAUUCAAAAGUCUUGCCUUACACAACACAAUAGAACUCACACUGGAGAGAAACCAUACGAAUGUCAUCUCUGUGGGAAAGCCUUCAUGAAUUGUUCUAACUUGAGACGCCAUGAGAGAAGUCACACUGGAGAGAAACCAUAUGGAUGUCAGCUCUGUGGGAAAGCCUUUAGUCAGUGUUCCGAACUUAGAGAUCAUGAGAAAACUCACACUGGAGAGAAACCAUUUCAGUGUAAUGUAUGUGGUAAAACCUUCAGUAGAAGUUCUAACCUGAGACUUCAUGAGAGAAUUCACACUGGAGAAAAACCAUACGAAUGCCAUGUAUGUGGUAAAGCUUUUACGAGGAGUUCUAACAUGAAACUACAUGAGAGAAACCACACUGGAGAGAAUCCAUAUGUAUGCCAUAUGUAUGGGAAAGCCUUCAUUUAUUGUUUUGUCUUGAGACAACAUGUAAUAAUUGUGAAAGAGAUUUCUGUCUUGGUUGCAACAUUUACGCACCCAGAGGAGUCUCACACAUUGAAGGAACAGAAUCACACAUUGAAGAACAGUAUUGUGUAA